CGCCAGGGGCAAUUCAAGGACACUUCGACACGCAACCAGGGGGAGCCAGGGAUUGAACCGCCGACCUUCCGAUUAACAGCCAACCCACUCUACCUCCUGAGCCACAGCCGCCCCAAGAGUAGAAAGUCUGCGCUGUACAAAGUUAGAGUUAAAUAAAAAUCUAAAGUUAAGAACCUUGACGUCGCCUUCACUCAGACCGUCGUCAGAACUUUCAGAAUGACCCGCUCGGCAGGGUACCGUGAGCUCUGACCCCCCGUACAGGACUUCACACCUCUGAAAACAUCGGAGCAAAGUUUCACAUCAAAUUCAGAAUUUGGAGAACUGCUGCAGUCUUCUCCGCCACUGCCACUUGUUGGUGCAAAAUGCAUUCUGGGAUACAACACAGGUCACCACCUGAUGCAUGCUGGGUGAAACGGCCGGAGCGAGAACACAGUACUGGGCUAGAAGCGGACCUUUGAACUGGAACAGCACUGACGGCGUCUCACAGGAACACAGACUGAGAACGGCCUUUGUAUUUUCACAAUAAUAGUCAGAUCCAUAAAACACAAACUUUUCUUUUCCUCAUCAGUGGACCAAUCUGCUGCUUUUCCUGUUGUUCAUCGGGAAAAAGGGAUUUGAGAAGUGGUUUUAUUCAGAGUACUUUAUUUAGAUACUAAUACUUUUGAGUAUUUCUGCACAGCUUCUGAGUAUUUCUUCUUCUCCACUGUCAGCCAAUAGGACGGCUGCUUGGAGACACCUGACGUCCUGAGUGUGUGUCUCUGGAACGCACACUCAGGAUUACAGGCAGCAGCUAUUUAAGCGCAGUGUGUGUGUUUGUGUGUGUUUGUGUGAGGGCAGCAUGCAGCAGAUCUACAGACAGACAGACCAACAGUUUGAGGUUUUCACCACCGUCUUCUCCCCGCAAGUCUGCAGGUCGAGGACGAGGACGACACGUGUGGACGCUCAGAAGGUGGUGGUGGCGGUGACGCAGUACCGGUCACGCUGGCCGAAGGAGCUGGACCUGAACCAGGGAGACCUGAUCCAGGUCCUGUGUAAGGAGGACGACUCCUGGUGGUUCGGGCGGCUGACAGACGGGAACGAGGGCUACUUCCCCGCAGCCUGCGUGGAGCCGCUCCAGGGCGGAGAUUCGUCCAGAGCCGCGCCCACGCCGCUGAGGAGGGGUCGGUACCGGUCCCCCGGUCGCAGUACUCCGAAGCUGCUGAGGAAGAACAGCAUCCGGAGGCCCCUGGGACUCGAUGGGCCCUCAGCGGCUCCUCCCCACGGCUCCCCCAGCCUCCUCCACCGGGUCCUGGCCAAGUCCAGGAGGAAGAGCUGCCCCCUCCUGCCCCACGCUCCUCUGGACACCGGCUCCGACAACAGCGCCUUCCAGGCGGACUAG